GCGCCCCCCCCCCCCAUUUCCCUCUCCCGACACGCACCUGCAGGCAGCGGCAGUCCCCUCCCCCGGGAUCAUCAUCUCCCCCUCUCACACUCGCGGUUUUGAGCCCAAAUGAAGCCCAGGAGAUCCAUGGCUGUCAGUGUGAAACCAGAAAGGCUCCCUCUCCUGUCAGCAUCCCGGCUUUCCCACACGCUUGCUUUGUUAGCACCAAAGCCCAAUGGCUUUCUCAUCCUCAUCCUCCAGUCUCGGCCAAGCUUCUAUCUCCGGGUCUUCCUCUCAGUGGAAAUGCCAGCAAUGGGAAAGAAAUUACUGUUGGUCGAUGUGGAUGCUGGAGUGGAUGAUGCUGCUGCCUUAAUGAUAGCUCUGGCAGCACCUAAUGUUGAAAUCCUGGGGAUCACUUGCUGCUUUGGAAAUACGACAGUGGAAAAUGUGUGUAGAAAUGUCCUUCGGUUGUUAAAGAAGUGUGAUCAUCCACAGAUCCCAGUUUACCAAGGAGCUUCCUCCCCGUUACUUAACAGAAUGCAAAAUGAUUAUUUUUAUGGAACAGAUGGCUUAGGGGACAUACCUGAUGCCGAUGCUCCUAGAUUAGACCAAGUGCAACAUGAACACGCUGUAGCUGCAAUGAUAAGGAUCAUUAACGAAAGACCUAACAUGGUAACUCUGGUUGCCACUGGACCUUUGACUAAUUUAGCUUUGGCAGUGAAAAUGGACCCAACGUUUCCUAAGAAAAUUAAAAAUAUGUCUAUAAUGGGAGGCAAUAUGUACUCCAGAGGAAACAUUGAUGUCUGCGCAGAAUUCAAUUUCGCAGCAGACCCAGAGGCAGCUUACAUUGUCUUAAAUGAAUAUACUUGUCCGACUUCCAUUACAACCUGGGAAUUUGCAUGUAUGCAUUCACUGUCUUGGGAAUUUUAUGAGAAGUGUACUUCACAGGACAGUGAAAAAGCAAAGUUUUUGAAAGAAAUCUACACAGUGACCACCGAGUAUCAAAAGCUCCCCAUUCCCAAAUUAAGAGCCCUCUACCGGAAACCGGGAUUUGUGUCUUGUGACUGCUUUGCAAUGGCAGCCGCAGUGGAUGAUGACUUGAUCACAGAAUCCAUCUUCUGUGCUGUAUCUGUGGAGCUGACUGGCUCCCACACUCGAGGAAUGAUGGUUUUGGAUAUUGAUGACAGACUUCAGAAAGUAAAUAGAGUUUCAGUCGCAAAAGAACUGGAUAUGGAAAAAUUCAAAGGUCUUCUGAUGGCUGCUUUGAAAUAGUAAUGAUAAUAAUAAAAAUAAUAACUAACAUUGAUCUAGGACUGUAAGGCUUUCAGACACUAUAUUUGCUAUCUCAUUUGAUUUGAAAUAGUUUCUAUUAUAAUCUCACAUAAUGAUUUUCAUUUUAAUAAAGGUAUUCAGCUAAAAAUCACCAUAUCAUCAAAUCUUUUGAAAUAAUUAAGAUUCAAAUAUGUAUUCAAAUGUUGGAACCAAAUUCCAGUUUUAAAAUCUUGAGGGAAAAUUUCAAAAAGUUCAUGGAAAGUGAAUUUUUGUUUUUAUAUGUAUUUGGAAAAAUAAAAUACUACUGAGGAAAAAAGAAAGAAAUUCUGAUAAGUACAUUGGUGUUUCAUGAGGAGUAAUGUUUAAGGACCCUUAUUUAUCGGAAUUCAAAUGAUUUUCAUAUGAUUUCAUUGCAUAUUCUCUGUUCUGAGAUUUUUGCAGUUUUCAGAAGCAAUGAUUACAUCUGUAUACUGACCCCCAAGGCAGUUGAGACUGAGAGAAUUCAUUCAAUUCACCUUACCUCAUACAGAUGGCAUAUUGACAAACCACAAAAUGUUACUUUUUGUCUUGGUUUUAUUAGUUUAAACUAGAAUUCAGUUUGUUUCCAUGGAAAUAACCUUAUUUAAUAAAAGUUUAUGGAUUGACUGAUAUGAUUUUAUUAUUAUUUGUGACAAGAGUCUUUGUCUUUUUCUAUGGUAUGGAGUAUCUAGUAUGCGCUUAACAGUUGACUGAUUACUUGGAAAAUGAAUAUAGACAAAGGAACUGUGUUUCUCUCUGCUAUACUAAUCUAUAAACAUGAAAAUAGUAUAAAAGAUAUAUUGUCUCCAUAAAAAAUUACCUUUAAUAGUGUCUAGGACUUAUCCACUCAGUCAAAAAGUCUAGAGGGGAAAAUGAAUGUUG